GCGGCCCCAGGCUGGCGUUUCUUCACCACUGCUGGAGACAGCUGGGCGUUUUCCAAAAGGCAUUUAUGUGCCCUUGAAGGGCACUUCGGGAAGAGGACGCCACUCGAGAGAUUGUUCCACACAAAAGUAAGAAAGUUAAUUAUUUCACAAAGGGCCCUUUCACUAGACUUUUAGUCCAGGCUACAUUUAAACUGUGAUGCCAUGCUCCCUUCAGAAUGCACACAUCAAGAGCCUAAAAGAAAUUUGGCCCCAGGGCCCUUGCUAGUCAUAAUCCGCCCCUGGUCAGAAGUGUCAUACAAAGGCAUUUUUAAGACUUUUGGUUGGAGUUUCAUGUGCACAGAGGCAUAUCAGUAAGUCCACUGCCUCAAGGUAGGAUCUUGUGGAUUUAUGAAUGAAAUAAUCUUGUUUUAAAAUCUCUUCCCUCUGCUUUUAGUUGUUAUGACAACCCCUUUAACAUACACAUGACAACUCUGGCAACUCCACUUUGCAUCAACACCAUAGAUAUCUAUAUACAGUAUAUAUAAAACGCUAAACCGGGCGCUCAAAGACAACAUUUUCAAGUUGGCUGCGCGCUUGUUUUUCAGGCGCAUAGCAUAACCAAAAGAAACUGAGCACAUCACCCAGUCCUCAGGGUAUUUAUUUAUUCUUUUUAUUCAUUUCAAUACAUUUUAAAAUAUUUGUUUCUUCUUUUUUGCUCUCAAGAGAAUUUAAAAUGGACUUUUAUUGAUCUUUUUUUGUUUCGUUCUCUGUAUAAUUUCAUUGUGUAUGAAAAGUGCAUGAAAUGUUAUAAACUUGCCUUGCCUUGCCUAACAUCUAUUGUGUUCCACAGAAAGAAAGAAAGUCAUUCAGCUUUGGAAAACCAAGAGGGUGAAUAAAUGACAGAAUAUUUAUCUUUGCAUGAACUAUCCAUUUAAUAUAAAUUAUUUGGGUAUUGCAUAAGUGCUUAACUCUUUUUAAAUUCCUUGGUGUGAUCAUGACUCUGAUACAGAAGUAGAGAAAGUCUUUAUGCAAAAAGGCAGAAGUUAAUUCAAUGCAGUUUGCUCAUGCAAAUUCCCCAGCACAUCAGUUAUGAUAGCAUUUUUUAGUGAUCUGUUGCCGUCAUAGAAGGUCACAAAGGUUUUGUUCUGUCAGCAGGGGGGUUUUGUUAAAAGGUUAUCAGUGCAUCUUCUUUUGAAGUGAUUGUCAUCAAAGAGAAAAUAUAGAGCAGUGCAAAUGGAUGGCGUAAACCAGAGGAGGAGACAAAUAAUGGGGAAAGCUGAAGACAAUGCUGCGCUGGUUGGGUUGGUGAUAAAUGUCAAGCGCGUGAUGAUCUGUUUUCACCUCUCUUGCUGAAGAAAAAGGGAAGGACAUGAAUGCGUCUUCUUCAGAACUGUGGAACAACAUUUCCUGUGGUGGCUCCAUUGAUGACUUCAAACACGUUGUGUACCCUGUAGCCUACUUGAUUAUUUUUGUCCUGGGGACUGCUGGCCACUCUUUAUCUAUCUGUGUCUUCUUCAGCCAAUGGCGAGUUCAGAAGAGUUUCACUCCAGUCAACUUGUUAAUGGUGAACCUAUUAGUGUCGGACCUAAUGCUGGUGUGCUCUCUUCCACUCAGGAUCUCCUACUACCUGUUAAACUCUCAUUGGCCAUUUGGUGACAUCGCCUGUCGAGUUAUAUUAUACGUGUUUUAUCUCAACAUGUACAGCUCUGUCUAUUUCCUUGUGGCCCUGAAUGUCUUACGUUACCUUGCGCUGGUGUGGCCGUACCUGUACCUACGCAUACAGACCCACUGUUGUGCAGGUAUCGUGUGUGGUCUCAUUUGGUUGUUGAUGGCUUUGGCAAGCAGUCCACUGCUGUUCUCAAAGAGGGGAAAUCGAGGCGAGGGCAGUGCUCGGUGCUUGGAGCUGGCAUUGGAAAGCGUGGAAAAAUUGCUCUUCAUCAAUAAUGUCUCCUUUCCAGUGGGCUUCUUUUUACCCUUGGUGGUCAUCAUUUUCUGCUCUGUCUUUGUUGUGAAGAGUCUUCUGAGACCUAGACCUGGACUUGGUAGGACCAGACCUUGCAGGAAGAAGGCAUGCGCUCUGGUUAUCAUCAGUUUUGGGAUCUUUCUGCUGUGCUUUUUACCAUAUCAUGUAGUGCGAACAAUCUUCUUAUAUACAGAGAAGCAAGUCAAGACGAAUGAAUACAGAGGCUCUUGUCACUAUCUUUGUGUAGUCCGUAAGGUUGCCGUCAUAUCACAUUGUUUGUGCACUGCUAACAGUUGUCUGGACCCUGUCCUUUUUUUCUUCGUUGGGGAAAAUUUCAGAACAUUCUCUGCUAAAUGGAUGGGAGGAAGAAGAACAAGCAAUAGUGUUGCUAGAAGAAGGCAGCAGGAAGAGUUGCAGGUUUUGCAGAAGUGAAGGAAACAAGGCUAAUAAUGGCUUGGGCACAUUAGAUGUUUCACAAAAACAUUUGUCUUAACCCUUGUGCUGUGUUUAAAAUUUUUACCUAAUUUGGAGUUCCCGGUCAAAAAUGACCGGCCUAUUAAUAAUUGCUUAUAAAUCUCUCGUUAUGCUAGAUUAUCACCAAAUAUUGGAUUAGAUCUUUUUGUCAACUUGUUUUCUUUCAAUUAGCACAGGUUUUGUGUUUCUUUUUGGAGCUUAUUAAUCAUAGGCCUCACUGACCUGAGCUUAUACACCUCAGUUUUUGAGUGAAAAAGCAUUAUUUGUGAAUAAUUUUGGCAAUAUUAAAUAAAAUAUGAAAACAUUUUAUACUAUUCAUCACACUAGUGCGCUUUCAUAUUUAACCAGGAAGUUUGUUUUGAAAUGCUUUUAUUUUGUACAAAAGUAUAACAAGUUGGAAAUGUGAUACCCUGUGUGAGCAAAAUAAGUAAAUUUUAGUCCAAUAGGAUAACAUUAGCAUUUUCAGGCUAAAGAAAAUCCUCUUCGGGUCAAAAUGAUCGGAACACAACAUGAGGGUUAAGAUGGUUAUUUUAUAUCUUCUGCUUUAGUUUGUUGAUAGAACAUAUCAAUUUUAGAUUUCCAAGCAUUCCUUUUGCAAAAUAGAACAGAAUAGAAGUUGAACAAGGAGCCCUGCAACAGAUGGUAUGGCCCCAUAGAGCCCAUAUUUCAACAUCAAAGUCGGUCUGGGGUUACAUUAAAGCAAUUGAGAAUACAAAUCAAUAAAACCAGUGCUUGAAGUGGGCAGGUACUCACCAGUACACAGUACCUGCACUUCUAUAAUUUAGUCUACAGUGUACCGGCAGUUUUUCUUGCAUAACACCUCUUCUCAGAUUCUCCCGGUACUAAUCUUUAUUUAUUGUAAGUCAGUGAAUGAUCAAUACGGCCCGCCAGUCACUUUUAUCUGUCCCUGAUUUUGAUCAAAUCGCAUCACAGAACAUCCAAGCGCUCUCUGCGCAAAACUCAGCAGUGAGUUUAACAACACUUAGCGGCAUGCAACUGCAUCAGCGGUCAUCAGAUGUUAUCCGUGGUCAAGUUCUGGACACAAGAGCGUGUGUUUAAGCUUGUCUGGGCAUACUUCAAUUGCAUUGCUCUCCAAAACAUGAACCAGAAACUUUUAGGUGAGCACAUUUUAUCGCGUCUUAUUCAAUCAAAUGUAUUUAUGCAAAUUGCUUAGCCGCUGAGUGCAGUCAAAUCUACAGACUUCACAGCUGUUACAGAAGUGAUGUCAACUCAUAUGCACAACCUGUUCAGCAAAAGAUAAAUUAAUGAUGAAAACCGAACCUUUAACGAAAAUACACAGAAAAGUUUGCUUUUAUUCUCCAUUCUUCAAGUACAGGCAUAUCUGUUCAGCAUCUGUAGUACUCAUAAAAAGUGAUAACAUGAAACGUCACUGACCCUGCAUACAUGCAUUAUAUGGCCAAAAGUUUGUGGACACCAUAUGUGCUUGAUGAACAUUUGAUUUUAGGCAUCAGUUUCCCCCUUUGCUGUAAUAACAGCUUCCACUCUUUUGGGAAGGCUUUCCACUAUACUGUAUGUAGUAACAUGGCUGCAGGGAUUUGCUCUCAUUCAGACACAAGGCUAUCAGUGAGGUCAGGAACUGAUGCUGGUCGAUGGGGCCUGACUUACAGUUGCUGUUCCAGUUCACCCCAAAAGUAAUCAGUGGGGUUCAGGUCUGGGCUUUGUGCAGGCCAGUCAAUUUCUUCCACGCCAGACACGGUAAACCAUUUCUUUAUGGACCUCACUUUGUUCACAGGGGCAUUGUCAUGCUGGAACAGAAAAGGGCUAUCCCCAAACAGUUGCCACAAAUUUGGAAACACAUAAAGAUUUUUCUUUACUGGAUUAAAUGGAGUAACCAAAUUCAUUAAUUAGAAGGGGGUGUCCACAAACUUUUGGCCAUAUUGUGUAUAUCAUAUCAGAUGUGUGUCGGCAUUCUCAAUCCCGAACAUUAAUCAGUUUGUUCUCCAUUUACUAAUGAUUAUUUGCACAAGUAUCUUGCUCCUGCACAAAUUCACCAUAUGUGUAGGACAAGGAAAUGCUCAUCUUCCCCUCAUUGAAUAGGAGGAUAAUAGAGAAAAAGGAACAACAGACAUUACCCUUUUAAAAGUUUUACAUUUAUUUUAUGUAAAAAUACAGUUCUACAUUUGAUUGCCAUUGUUUUGGUAUGGACUUUAUACCAAAGAUAUGGACCAAGAUAUGGACUUUAGCAGAUCUAAAUGUUCUUCCUCAGUUUUCAUAAACAAUAACCCUAUGCUCUUAUGUAUAUAUUUUCUUUUUAUUGUUAGUUGAGGGUGAUUUUUCAGUCUGAUCUUAAGAAGGAAUUUAUGGCUAGACCUUAAAAAUGUUAAUUUAAUACCCCUGACUAUCUGAAAGUAAAUAAAUGUAUAUUGUUAACAGUGUUUUGUUUUUCAUGUUAACAUGUUAGUUACAAUUAAAGUGUAAGGCAAGAUAAAAAAAGUUUGUCCCCCAUUGCGUAUUCAUCUGGAUAAUCUGUCCUCUGCAAGAAAGCAAUUGAAGAGCCCUGCUGUAUCGUAUAAACUCCCAAAUUAAUGAAUUUAUUUUUAAAUAAAUGUUGUGAACAAAAGCAGUCUCAGAGUGUAAUUUCUUCCACUUCAAGUACGGAAUAAAACAGUGGUAAGUUCUCCAAGAUGCUUGGAAAAACCUAUCU